UUUCUAGGUCCUAUCCCGGGGUCAAAUACAGAUUUUUGUUAGCUUGCUACCUCUUUAUAUCAGAUUCUACAGAAAUUCUUCUUCAAGAGUAAUCCAUGGUAUUUCCACUAGAUGGCGUAAUGCCACAAGUUCCAGGACUGAGUCACCACCGUAACUAGAUUUUGGGAAAAAUGGUAGUAUUUAAAUCUUGCGAAGGACUCAUUAUAUGACACACGUAUGAAUGAAAUCAGGUUAAUGUGCGGACCCGCAGUUGGAACACUGGUUAUAUUGAGGGCUGACCCUUUGACCCCCCAUCUCUGUGUCACACCCUUUGGAUUAUCAGUCAUGCAAAAAUAGUGAGAUUUCAAGGCCUUAAGUUUCGUUGUGGGCAAAGAAAAAGAUUAACAUGUCUGAAGCUUUGCAAUCCAAAGCAAUUUUUACAUAAUCUAUUACAGACACAUACACACACAAAAAAAAAUCCCAAAACAAUGUUAGUUUGAGAUACUUUUAUGUCAGUGCGGCAUACUUGGGUACAACUUGUGAAAUCCACCGCAGUGACCCUGCACUCAUGCUUCCCUUGUUAAUUUUAUAAUGUUCAUCAUUUGCUGACACUGCAGUCGUUUCACAGCAGUGUUUUACAACACUUUCCAAGACUGUACUCCAGAUUGACUACCUCCUGACAACAGGAUGGUUCUGUCCAUAUCAUCACACAGAUUUUCCAACCUCCACUGUGGUUAUUUUGUAUUAUGUAUUCGAUAUGGACAAUGAUUUGUGUGUUACUGGUUCAAAUGUUGUUUUUUUUCAUUAUCGAAGCUUAGGUGAUGAUCCGACCAUGUUUGAAGACACAAAUGAAGGCAAAUCCCAAAGGGCUCACUUACUUUUUCUCGCCACUUAUCCAUGUUCCAUCCGUGUCAUCACAGAUAUAUCACUUUGUACUUGACACAAGCAUAUUUACAUGCACUCGUGUGUGUGUGGCACCGUUGUCGCAGCUUCAGAUGCAUAUCAAUCCGUCUCUCUUGCAACUGGCUGUGAGCCCCGUUCCCAUUGGCUGGCCGAGCGGGGCCCAGCGGGGAGGGGUUAGUUAGUGGCAAGAUAAAAGGAGCAAAUGCCUCCUGUCCUGCCUUCACACACAAACACACUCACCACGUGCCUGGCUUUCUGUCUGUGGACACUGAGGAACAGAAUAGAUCCACCGUCCACGCAGCCGAAGCUCUCACCUGAAAAUUUGCACCAUGGAUGCAGCAGAGUUCCGUCGCAGGGGAAGGGAGAUGGUGGACUACGUGGCCGACUACCUGGAGAACAUAGAACAGCGACCGGUCUACCCAGAUCUGGAACCGGGGUACCUCCGGCCCUUGAUCCCCGCUGAGGCUCCACUGGAGCCGGAGACUUUCGAGGAUAUCAUGAGAGAUGUGGAGAGGGUCAUUAUGCCAGGGGUGACCCACUGGCAAAGUCCGUACUUCUAUGCCUACUUUCCGGCUGCUUCCUCGUUCCCGGCCAUGCUGGCUGACAUGCUGAGCGGAGCCAUUGGCUGCAUUGGAUUCUCCUGGGCAGCCAGCCCAGCCUGCACAGAGCUGGAGACAGUGAUGAUGGAUUGGCUCGGCAGGAUGCUGCAACUGCCGGAGUGUUUCAUAGCCGAGACUCACGGCCACGGAGGAGGUGUCAUCCAAGGCACAGCCAGUGAGGCGACCCUGAUGGCCCUGCUCGCCGCGCGUUGCAAAGCAAUCCGAAGGGUGCAGGCCUCCAGCCCCGAAACACCAGAGGCUGAAAUCUUCUCCAAACUGGUGGCGUACACCUCAGAGCAGGCUCAUUCCUCAGUGGAGCGUGCCGCUCUGAUCGGAGGAGUGAUGAUGAGGAAGGUGCCUACGGACAACAGCUACGCCGUCAGGGGGGAUAUGCUGAAGAAGAUGUUGGAAGAGGACAAAUCCGCCGGACUAAUCCCUUUCUAUUUUUGUGCGACCCUCGGCACCACUCCGUCGUGUGCUUUUGAUCGCCUCACAGAGCUGGGCCCCAUAUGUAAUGAGGAAAAUGUGUGGAUGCAUGUUGAUGCAGCAUACGCUGGGAGCGCAUUUAUCUGCCCGGAAUUUAGGCCUUUGCUGAAUGGCAUUGAGUUUGCAAACUCGUUCAACUUCAACCCACACAAAUGGCUUUUAGUCAACUUCGACUGCUCUGCGAUGUGGGUGAAGAACAGAGCAGACAUUAUUGGAGCCUUCAAGGUGGAACCACUCUACCUGAAACAUGAAAACCAGGAGUCAGGCCUGGUCACAGAUUAUAGGCACUGGCAGAUUCCACUGGGAAGAAGAUUCCGCUCACUAAAGAUGUGGUUUGUCUUUCGUAUGUAUGGACUCAAUGGCCUGCAGUCUCACAUACGCAAGCAAGUUGCCCUGGCUAAAGAGUUCGAGAGUCUGGUACGAGCAGACAAGAGGUUUGAGAUCUGUGCCGAGGUCAUCAUGGGACUGGUCUGCUUCAGGCUGAAGGGCUCGAACGAGCGGAACCAGAACCUGCUGAAGAAGAUCACCAAGAGCAGGGAGAUCCACCUGGUGCCUUGUCAGCUCUCUGGCCGCUUUGUCCUGCGCUUCGCCGUCUGCGCGCGGACCACGGAGUCGCGUCACAUCCAGCAAGCGUGGCGGCACAUCACCCAGUUGACCUUCGAGCUCCUGCAGGAUUGACCGAGGAGGGGCCAAGGGAGGGGCCGCGCACCCUGAUGUCUGAAUGAGGACCAAAGUUAGAUUGGAAAUUUCUGUGUUUCAUGUUGUGUGUGUUAAAUGUCACAAAGGGAAUGAAACUGCUCACCAAGCAGGCAAGUGUGUGUGAUCAUUAUUUUGCAGAUUAUUUAAAAAUUAUAUAUAUAUAUAUAUAUUUAAUUUUGCAAACUUUUGAGCCUUUACAUUUACAAAAAAAUCUCCCUCCAUGGACCUAGAGCUUCUCUCUCGCUUUGUAUAUGUUAUCGUCCUCAUCAUCAUGCACUCAUCCCCUCCACAAACUUGUCCGUACUGUCCAUAUGCCGCUUCUGUGUCUUCUGUGUAUAACAUUUGGUGUUGGGUGAAGUCAAGGUUGAGUUGGGUCGAAUCGGGGGGUAAAAGGUUUCGAUUCUUGCAAUGAAUGCAUUGCACAUUGUGUGUGUGUGUGUGUGUGUGUGUGUGUGACUGGAAUUUAGAGUUCACAUGCAUUUUUUCUGUGGCUGCUCAUACAGACAUGCAUUUUAUCGCAUAUAUGUUAAGUGAAAUAUUUCAGGUGCACAAAUGAAUGGGUUGUAAAAGUGGGAAAAGAUUAAUUUACCACAUUAAUAGUCUGAUGAUAUAUUGUAUGGGGAGUUUCAUAAGAGUGUGUGAGGUUAAAACAUCUAACCUCGCGCCUAGGUGGCAGGUAAAACCCCUGAUAUAAGUGCAUUAUUUAUUGAUGGCCUCUUUUUGCAAAAGCACUUGUGUUUGAUAUAUAAUGGCAGGCGAGGGCCUAUCGGGUUUUAUUUUUGAUUGUUUGCAGUACUUUUAUGAAUUCAUGUUGUUUCUUAUGCACAGCGGACAAGAAUUUCCCCAAAAAUGUAGCACAGGACAAUCACUAUUCCACUGUAAGUCAGUGGAAUCAGAAUGAGGUUAUGCUACUUCACAUGGUACUACUAUUCCUUUACUGUUUUUCUUUUCCCCACAAUCGCUAGAAUUAUGCAGGGAAUGAAUCUGUGGUGGACAUUUAAAAUAAUCGCCCUGUAAAAAUAUUGUUUCUGUGUUGAAACAGAUUUAAAUGAUCAAAAGAUCAGAGGGGAGAGGGUUGUGAGUUGUGAAGUAGAUGGUGCACGCCGUCUAAUACUGAUUUUGGUGCUCAUUCCAGUUUGGCAUUGUGUGACAUCACCACACCUUGCUGUUGAUUAAUAUGAUUGUGUCAAAGUCGGAUCGAGAUGCUUUCUUUGUGGCUUGACUGUGCGGGGCAAUGUUAUGGGGUUAUUUUAAUAAAGUCCACUGUAGUCUG